AUGGCGACUGCUCUCAGGAUGAUACUUCUACCGGGCACCCACUGCAAUGAUGGCAGCCCUGGUGCCAUGUACUUGAGCCCCGUGCCAGUGAAGACUUUCAUUGGCAGGACUGUGUGGCAUAUCCACCUGGAGGGAGGGGGCUACUGCUACGACCAGGAGAACUGUGAGUCUCCAGCUCACGGCCAGUACCUCGAGUCCACACGACAUCGUGAGCAGCUGAUUUGGAAGGGCGGGAUGUUCGCGCGCGGGGUUGGGUCGACUCCCUUCCUCUCCACCGCUGCGCACGUCUACGUCGGGUACUGCAGCUCCGAUUCCUGGAUGGGCAACACCUCACGGACAUGGCGGGGAAAGACCUGGUACUUCGAGGGUGCCCAUAUCCUGGCCACUGCAGUGAAUACGCUCCUGGACCAUCAUGGCAUGAAGAAUGCUGCCCUGGUGCUCUUUAGCGGAUGCAGCGCAGGGGGUCGAGGCACGCUCUACAACCUUGAUGGCCUUUGCCGCCUCGUGCGGGCGUCGGUGCCCAAAGUGGCCUGCGCUGGGCUCGCAGAUGCAGGCCAACUCUGGGGAGGCUCCACGCUCUCCGAGUCGGUGGAGAAGUGCCGAAAACAGCGGGGGUGGCAUCCGGGGGCCGAGUUCGUGGAAGGAGGGGUUUAG